AUGUAUUCCGGAUCUGGAGGCCAAGCUUGGCAGACCAGUCCUCCUAGACAGACAAGCCCUACCUCACAAACCACAUUCGCGGAGUCAUUGGCAGCGGGUGCAUCCGGAACCUCCUUGGGCCCUACCAGUACCGCUAUCGCACUUCCCACCGCAGCUGGUGCCAUAGCAGCAGUCUCACCACCAGUGGAACCGCCGGUCUUCCAAUGCCCGAGGAGACCGAACCUUGGACGCGAAGGCCGACCCAUCGGUCUCAAAGCGAACCAUUUUCAGAUUACCAUGCCCAGGGGUUUCGUACAUCACUAUGACGUCAACAUUCAGCCGGAUAAAUGCCCUCGAAAGGUUAACAGAGAAAUCAUCGAGACAAUGGUGAAGGCAUAUGGCAAAAUAUUCGGCAACCUGAAACCAGUAUUCGAUGGCAGAAACAACCUCUACACCAGAGAUCCCCUUCCCAUCGGUAAUUCCCGCGAAGAACUUGAAGUUACUCUACCGGGCGAAGGCAAGGAUAGACUAUUCCGAGUUAGCAUCAAAUGGGUAGCUCAAGUCUCCUUGUACGGUCUCGAAGAAGCUCUAGAAGGCAGAACUAGGCAAAUUCCGUUCGAAGCUAUUUUGGCUUUGGACGUCGUCAUGAGGCAUUUGCCCUCUAUGAGCUACACGCCCGUAGGAAGAAGUUUUUUCAGUAGUCCUGAGGGAUAUUAUCAUCCGUUAGGCGGUGGUAGAGAAGUCUGGUUUGGAUUUCAUCAAUCUGUAAGACCUAGUCAAUGGAAAAUGAUGCUCAAUAUUGAUGUGUCUGCAACGGCAUUUUACAAAGCGCAACCUGUGAUAGAGUUUAUGUGCGAAGUCCUGGACAUUCGAGACAUAAACGAACAGAGGAAACCUCUAACAGACAGCCAACGUGUGAAGUUUACAAAGGAAAUCAAGGGUCUCAAAAUAGAAAUAACGCAUUGUGGAGCGAUGAGGAGAAAAUACAGAGUCUGUAACGUGACGAGAAGACCUGCACAGAUGCAAUCAUUUCCACUUCAGUUAGAAAACGGCCAAACUGUCGAAUGUACAGUGGCGAAAUAUUUCUUGGACAAGUACAAAAUGAAAUUAAGAUACCCCCACUUGCCAUGCCUCCAGGUUGGCCAAGAACACAAGCACACAUACCUACCAUUAGAAGUUUGCAACAUUGUUGCCGGACAAAGGUGUAUAAAGAAGUUAACGGACAUGCAGACUUCGACAAUGAUCAAAGCAACAGCGAGAUCGGCACCCGACAGAGAGCGUGAAAUCAACAACUUGGUUCGUCGAGCCGACUUCAACAACGACGAAUACGUACAAGAAUUCGGUCUGACCAUCAGCAACAACAUGAUGGAGGUCAGAGGGAGGGUUUUGCCCCCGCCAAAAUUACAAUACGGCGGUCGGGUGGCCUCCCUCAGUGGACAGGUGGGCUGGCACAGUAAACAACAAGCGAUGCCAAAUCAAGGUGUAUGGGAUAUGCGUGGCAAACAGUUCUUUACCGGUGUGGAAAUCAGAGUUUGGGCCAUUGCUUGUUUUGCACCACAACGUACCGUGAGAGAAGACGCUCUAAGGAACUUUACUCAACAACUACAGAAAAUCUCAAACGAUGCCGGUAUGCCAAUUAUAGGUCAACCAUGCUUUUGCAAAUACGCAACCGGUCCAGAUCAAGUUGAACCCAUGUUCCGAUAUUUGAAAUCCACCUUCCAGUCUUUGCAGCUUGUUGUCGUAGUUCUACCAGGAAAAACACCAGUAUAUGCCGAAGUAAAAAGAGUUGGCGAUACUGUGUUAGGAAUGGCCACCCAAUGUGUUCAAGCGAAAAAUGUCAAUAAGACUUCUCCCCAAACACUGUCCAAUUUAUGCCUAAAAAUUAAUGUUAAGUUGGGAGGAAUCAACAGCAUUCUAGUGCCAUCAAUUAGACCAAAGAUAUUUAAUGAACCCGUAAUUUUCCUUGGCGCUGACGUGACCCAUCCGCCUGCCGGCGACAACAAGAAACCGUCGAUUGCUGCGGUGGUAGGUUCCAUGGACGCCCAUCCAUCUAGGUAUGCUGCUACAGUUCGUGUCCAACAACACCGACAAGAAAUCAUACAAGAAUUAAGCUCCAUGGUUAGAGAAUUACUCAUUAUGUUUUAUAAGUCCACAGGUGGUUACAAACCUCAUCGAAUUAUCUUAUAUAGGGAUGGAGUUUCCGAAGGACAAUUUUUACAGUUGCUGCAACAUGAACUUACUGCUAUUAGAGAGGCUUGUAUUAAAUUGGAAGCGGACUACAAACCAGGCAUCACGUUUAUCGUGGUCCAGAAGAGGCAUCACACAAGACUCUUCUGUUCGGAUAAGAAGGAACAAAGUGGCAAAAGUGGAAACAUUCCAGCCGGAACUACUGUUGAUGUUGGCAUCACUCAUCCGACAGAGUUUGAUUUCUAUCUCUGUAGCCAUCAAGGAAUCCAGGGUACUUCAAGACCAUCACAUUACCACGUUUUGUGGGACGAUUCACAUUUAGACUCGGACGAACUGCAGUGUUUGACAUAUCAGUUAUGUCAUACUUAUGUUAGGUGUACCAGAUCCGUUUCGAUACCUGCGCCAGCCUAUUAUGCUCAUUUGGUGGCCUUUAGGGCUCGUUAUCACUUGGUAGAAAAAGAGCAUGACAGCGGCGAAGGUUCCCACCAAUCGGGAUCCUCGGAAGACAGAACUCCUGGAGCGAUGGCCAGGGCGAUAACUGUCCACGCCGAUACCAAAAAAGUAAUGUACUUUGCAUAG